GGAAGGAGGGGGCAGAGAUCGGCUGGUAGAACCGUAGGAUCGACAACUUAUGCGAAUGAAAGCAUGCACGCGCAGUUCUGUACGGAUGCAGAAACCGGCAGGGGAAGUACUGCAGGUUUCAAAUCAGCGUUUUAUCAUUUAGCAAAGACUGAAUGAAGCAGUCUCUGUCUGUUAAUGUUGAAGUAUGUGAAAAAGUCAAAGGAGACGCUAUGCUAUUUUCAUUCUUUGGUCUUUUCCAAGCAGUGCUGUUUGUAUAUGUUUAUACGUGUCAACCUGGCUUCAUUGUAACAACAAUUACGGCGCAGCCAGAAUAACAGUGGACUGAGAUGCUACAAUGUUUCGGGGACAAUUGCAUCACUUUGUCUUUUGGUGGAUUUUGGCGACGGUCGGGCUCUUGGUGACAGUGCCCGGUGUAGGAACCUAUACUUGCCAUGAGGUGCAAACGGCUUUCCAGAUGCGCCAGAUUGGCCCUUGGAAACUGGUGCCCGAAACACCCGAAACAGAUGUGGACCUGCAGGUCUGCAAACACCAGGGCCCCACAUGCUGCACCCGCAAGAUGGAGGACAGCUACCAGGCUGCGGUGCUCCGGGACAUCUUGCAGCACAUGCAAUCGCACAUCUACGAACCGAUGUUCCUCCUGAUUCGGCAUGGCGCCGACCUCCAGGAUAACUUCGAGUCCCUGAUCUCCUUCUCCAUUGACUUCACCGGCUCCCUGUUCGACAGAUCGAUGGCUGAUGUGCAACCCCUUGUCUCCCAGCUCUUUGCCAACCUCUCUCUCUACGUCCUGGGUGGCAACGUCACAGUGGACUCUGCCGUGCAGCAUUUCUAUGACAGCCUCUUUCCGUUUGUUUACCUUCGGAUGUUGACCCAGGGUCCCGCAUUACCAGACGUGGAGUGGACCCAGUGCAUGAGAUCCAUAAGGAGGACGGUGGAGCCAUUCGGACUCUACCCGGGGGAGUUGGUCAAGGGGCUGGCAGGCUCGCUUCUGGCAGGCCGGGCUAUGAAGCGGGCUGUGGCUGAGGGAGCUGAGGUCCUGACCGCCACAGAGAAAGUGCUGCUGUCUCGGGACUGUGAACGCGCGCUACUGCGCAUGAUGUACUGCCCUCACUGCCGCGGCCUCACGCUCAUCCAGCCCUGCGAGGGCUACUGCCUCAAUGUGCUGCGCGGCUGCCUAGCCCACAUCUCGGAGCUGGACGACCCCUGGAGGCGAUACCUGACCGUGCUGAAAGUGCUCAGCGGUGCCAUGGCCGGAGACCACGACCUCGAACUUGCGCUUCUGGGCGUCCGCACGCAAAUCAGGGAGGCCAUCUUGCACGCCAAACUCCACGCUUCCAACAUCUCUGCUGCUGUAGAAAUGAUGUGUGGGCAGCCCAAAGAGACAGUUACCGGCGAGUAUUCCUCCCCCGAGACACCAGCAUCCCCCAGCUUGUCCACUCCCCUGCCCUCGGCUUCGCUGACAAAUGAAACUGAGCCUUUUGUGUCCCAGCUCAGCACCCUCCUGAGGGAUUUCAGCCGACGCAUCCAGCACUACAAAACCAUAUUCACCACCCUGCCUGAGGCACUGUGCCAGGGAGUGGCUGCAGUUGAUGCCUUUUCCUGCUGGAAUGGUGCUGACGUGGUGGACAGUUACACAGGUCAUGUGGUUGGCAACGGACUGCAGGCCCAGAAGCUGAACCCCGAGGUCAAGGUGAGGCAUGCUGACCCCACCCUGGCAGAAGCCAAGGCAAAGCUAGAGAACUUCAUUCAGGAGGUGUUGGAUACUACGCCUGGACUGUAUUCCGUCUGGUCCUGGGCCGAGCUGAGCAGUGGAGGUACAGAGGGCAGUGCUGAGUGUGAUGAUGAAGAUGGCUGCCAAGGCUCUGGAGUGGGUGCCCCCAAGAACCCUGAAAAUGAGAAGACUGACACCUCUCAGGAUGGUGUCCACGAUGGAAAGAAAGUGCCCCCCAAAACACCCCCCACUGUCCACCCACGGAAGGACCGGCCAAGGGACACUGGCUGCACCAUGGCUACCAGCCCCACCCUACUGGCUGCCACCGCGUUCCUGCUGGGGCUGCAGUGGUAUUUUAUGUGAUGGUGACCCCCCCCCCCCCCCCCCAGAGCAUGUCUCAUUCAAGCUUGCUCUUCCUCAAGCAUCCACAAGUGGCGCUACUGCGGGAACUGAGAGAGAGGGAGGGGGGGUCGGAGGCAGGUCGGAGGGAGGGAGAGGGUGUGGGGUGGAGGUAGUACCCCCGUGGGUCGGACGCCGGGUCGCCCUGAGGCAUGGACCGCGAGGCGGACUCUUUCUUUUGCAUCCUGUUAGACAUCAAGGUCUCCCUUCCUCAGGCAAGCUUGACGCCUUCUUCUGUUUGCUCUUAAGCUCCUUUACAUAAAUUCCUUGUUGUGACGUGCUUUUAGGUACACAUGCACAAAUACACACACACAAUGCAAAACAACCUUACUGCUCCACAUUAGCGGUGCCUUAUUCUCAAACAUUUCCAAGUUACAUGCACACACAGACACGAUUUGCACAUUUGCGUGAGGUAACUCUCAGUCAGGCAGAGGGGCCCAUUCAUUAUUACCGGCUCCAAGUUCCUCAAGGUAAUUCCUUGUUCCAGCCACUGGGGGUUGGUUGUUUUUCGAAGCCACUCAGUAUAAAGCUUAAUAAAUAUUGAAGCAUUAUUUGGUUCCCCGUUACUCCUGCUCUCGCUGCGAAGCCGCUUACUGUUAAAGCUUUAAUAUCCAGCUUUCCCCAAAGCCAGGAAGGUGGUUAGCAAUCUGAGCUUAGGGAGAGGAAAGACACCCUUUCCCGCCUUGCUGUCAAAGUCCAAGCGCACAAAGUGACCCUGCACACCUUCUUUGAAGGCUGGCAUCACGCUGCUCUCUACUUCUCUUCUGCGCGUUUCUUUUGUACAGAAUUAAAUGUUUAUUACUUACAGCUAAACAGUGUCGUAGCACCCGAGGCUAAAACGGGAACCAAGGAAUUCAGUCAAUUUUAACUUCCUGAUUGUUGACUUUUUAGCAAAUGCAGAAUUCAAGAUGGCUGACAGCGGCAGGCAGUUCAGGAAGGUAAUGACCCGUGUGCACUCCAGAGCCGUCUUAUACUUAACUCAGCCCUUCCAAAGCACUCUGGAAGGUAGUGUGGGACACCAAGUGUGAUGUCAAAGAUAUAUCAUAACAUGAUUAGUCAUAUAAUCCAACAGGCAGGAUUUAACAGUCAUGGACCUUGAGGAUGCAGUGUUUCUGUGUUUAUUGUUACAUGUUAAUUUUUCUUAAGAAAAAAAACGUAUCCUCUUCAGACCUGUAAGCGUUUGAUUAAUGUGUUUUAGUUGUUAGUUGUUAUUUCCUCUCUUGUAAAUUGCACAGAAGCUUGCUAAUAUAAUUGCUGUUAUUUUUUUCUCUCUUAUGGAUGGAGGGGGUUUGGGUGGAGCAGGGGAAUGGACUGGUAACUGCUUCCUGUUUCGGGAACCUGAGAAUGCUCCAGUAGAGUUUGGGUUCAGCCAUUACCAAUGAGCAAUCGUUACAGCUGUAUCAUCAGUAAAUCCCUUAAUGCGUAACUAAAUACUGUGAACCAACCUUCUAAUCAUUUAAUUGGAUUUUAACUCACAUUUCCCCUUUAGCCAAUUAUAUUGCAGCAAAGUUGUAAAUAGCACCCAACUAUAUAAUUAUCAAUUGAUUGUUUCAUGGAUCUGGAAUGUUUGUCAUACCUUGCAUUUAUAACAGUAAAGCAAAACUAUUAUUAGUAGUGAUUUUGAAUUGUAUUUGUACUGGUUUUGACAGCGGUGGUGAACUUUUCUGCCAACUAGACCAUCUUAAGCAAGAGAAAUAUGUUCUGAUAUAGUUUUGUACAUGUUUAUGCGUCACUGUAAACCCAGAUUAAUCUUACUUGCUGCCUGAGAAUUACAGAAAAGUAUAAUAGGGCUUAUGUUGUCUAAUAUGCAUAUUUUUAUAUUUGUGAAUAUUUGUGUGCCUUAUGUGUGCAUGUGUUUUUUAAUGCAAUGCUUUUUGGAUGUUUUUGUUUGGUGUCUGGCCUGUGAAAUUGAACAAAGGAAAUGCGUGAAUGGUUGGUCUAACCAGUGGGGAAGAGGUGGGGGUGGCAUACCUGUGAAGGUAUCUGUAUGUCUUUGGGUAGGUGUACAUUUCGAAUAUGCUUGGGUGGGGAGUGUGUGUAUGUAACCCCUUCAACUACACUUAACACUGUUUACAGAAACAGUUUUCCCUCUCUGGAAAAACUCCGAUUCAGCUAUCUUGUCGGACUGAGAGUCACUAUAGUCGGCCCUGUUCUUCCUGCCAGCGUGGCUCUGCCUAGAACAAGCCUGUUACACUGUUGUAAUCCAUCACAGAAGCCCCACCCCAGCUCUACGUUUCGAGUGGCCGGCGGGUCUGAAGCCCUCUCUAAGCUCAAAGCUCUUUCUGUCUGAAGCACCCAUAAACUAUGCACGUCCUUUUUUCCCACUUGUAUUUUUAAGCACAGAGAUGAAAUUCUCAGACUUGUGCGAAAUGAGCUUUUGCAGAUCGCUAGCGACAUUCAGCCUUUUUUUAUUUACUCAGACAAGAGAGGAACCUCGAGGCUCUGAAAACUAAGUGUCAUCAUGUAUCAGCAGAGAAUGGGACUUGGUCUACAAAUGGUUUAGCCAUCUGUGGGGGGAAAUGACACCUGGAGAUCUUCAGUAACUGAUGCAGGAUGGGCAUGCAGUAAGUAAAGGGGAGGGUCAGUGAUUAAAGGGGUGAGCCAUUGGGACUUGACUGACAGGAAUGAAGCCAUGUGACAAGAGGAAAGGCUACCAGAGUACUGCGGCUAACCUGUACUGCAUUUCCCAGAUGUCCCCUGCUCUUUGUUCAUUGGUGUGUUGAAUGGGGGAGGGGUGGCAAUGUUUGUAACAUUAACCAAUAGCAAAAGGUCUCCUCUCAGCUUGGUGUAUGAAGCAUUUAUUUAUACUGACAUUUCAAUAAAUGUACAAGAACCUGCCGGGCAA